UCCCUAAUCAAGAUAUUCCAGGGGUGAUUGCUCUAACGUUGUUUGAAGACUACAUCUACUGGACUGACGGGAAAACCAAGUCACUCAGCCGUGUCCAUAAAACCUCAGGAGCAGACAGACUCUCCCUGGCUAACUCAUGGCAUGUCAUCACUGACGUCCAGGUGUAUCAUUCUUACAGACAGCCUGAUGUUUCCAAGCACCUCUGCAUGAUUAAUAAUGGUGGUUGCAGUCACCUGUGCCUGUUGGCACCUGGGAAGAGCCAUACCUGUGCAUGUCCCACCAACUUCUACCUUGCCACUGAUAACAGGACUUGCCUAUCUAACUGCACAGCCAGUCAAUUUCGUUGCAAAACUGACAAGUGCAUUCCGUUCUGGUGGAAAUGUGAUACCGUGGAUGACUGUGGCGAUGGAUCUGAUGAGCCGGAUGACUGUCCUGAGUUUAAGUGUCAGCCUGGCCGAUUUCAAUGUGGAUCUGGACUGUGUGCUUUGCCUGCAUUCAUUUGUGAUGGAGAGAAUGACUGUGGGGACAACUCAGACGAGCUCAACUGUGACACACAUGUUUGCCUCUCGGGUCAAUUCAAGUGCACCAAGAAUCAGAAAUGCAUCCCAGUGAACCUCAGAUGCAAUGGGCAGGAUGACUGUGGGGAUGAGGAAGAUGAGAGAGAUUGUCCUGAAAACAGCUGUUCUCCAGACUAUUUCCAGUGUAAAACUACCAAGCACUGCAUUUCCAAGCUGUGGGUUUGUGACGAGGACCCAGACUGUGCAGAUGCAUCUGAUGAAGCCAACUGCGAUAAGAAGACCUGUGGCCCUCAUGAAUUCCAGUGUAAGAACAGCAACUGCAUUCCAGAUCACUGGCGAUGUGAUAGCCAGAAUGACUGCAGCGAUAAUUCUGAUGAGGAAAACUGUAAGCCGCAGACCUGUACACUGAAAGAUUUUCUCUGUGCCAGUGGUGACUGUGUUUCUUCAAGGUUUUGGUGUGAUGGAGAUUUUGACUGUGCAGACGGCUCUGAUGAGAGAAAUUGUGAAACAAGUUGUUCCAAAGAUCAGUUCCAGUGUUCCAAUGGCCAGUGUAUAUCAGCAAAGUGGAAAUGUGAUGGCCACGAAGACUGUAAAUAUGGGGAAGAUGAGAAAAAUUGCGAGCAAGCUUCUCCUCGUUGCUCAUCAAGUGAAUAUAUAUGUACCAGUGGAGGAUGCAUUUCAGCGUCUUUGAAAUGUAAUGGAGAAUAUGAUUGUGCUGAUGGUUCAGACGAGAUGGGCUGCGUAACUGAAUGUAAGGAAGACCAAUUUCGAUGCAAAAAUAAAGCCCACUGCAUCCCAGUGAGAUGGCUCUGUGAUGGGACGCACGACUGUGUGGAUGGAAGUGACGAAGAGCUCUGUGACAGAGGAGGAAAUAUAUGCAGAGCUGAUGAAUUCCUUUGCAAUAAUUCCCUGUGCAAACUCUUCUCCUGGAUCUGUGAUGGACAGGAUGACUGCGGAGACAACUCCGAUGAGGCUCCUGAUAUGUGUGUAAAAUUUCUUUGUCCAGCCACAAGACCCCACAGAUGCAGAAAUAAUAGAAUAUGCCUGCCCUCCGAGAAAACGUGCGAUGGAAUUGACGACUGCGGGGACAGCUCAGACGAAGAUCAUUGUGGUAAAUCCGGUAAGGUUACAUAUAAAGCAAAGCCUUGUAAAAAGGAUGAGUUUGCUUGCAGUAAUAAAAAAUGUAUCCCGAUGGACCUCCAGUGUGACCGGCUUGACGACUGUGGAGAUGGUUCUGAUGAGCACGGCUGCAAAACACCUCCCGCUGCAUAUACUUGUGAAGAUAAUGUGAAUCCAUGUGGAGAUGACGCAUUUUGUAAUCAAAUAAAAACAUCUGUUUUCUGUCGCUGUAAGCCUGGAUUUCAGAGAAACAUGAAAAACAGACAGUGUGAAGACCUCAAUGAGUGCUUGGUGUAUGGCACAUGUUCCCAGCAGUGCGUAAAUCUACAAGGAUCAUAUAAAUGUGUGUGUGACCAGAAUUUUCAAGCCCGAAAUAACACCUGCAUAGCAAAAGGCUCUGAAGAUCAAGUUCUCUACAUUGCUAAUGACACUGAUAUCCUGGGUUUUAUAUAUCCAUUCAACUACAGUGGCGAUCAUCAACAAAUUUCUCAUAUUGAACAUAAUUCAAGGAUAACAGGGAUGGAUGUAUAUUAUCAAAGAGAUAUGAUUAUUUGGAGUACUCAGUUUAAUCCAGGAGGAAUUUUCUACAAAAUGAUCCGUGGUAGACAAAAAAGGGAAGCGAACAGUGGCUUGAUUUGUCCUGAAUUUAAAAGGCCCAGGGACAUCGCAGUAGACUGGGUUGCUGGGAAUAUCUAUUGGACGGAUCAUUCCAGAAUGCACUGGUUUAGUUACUACACCACGCCCUGGGCAAAUCUGAGGUACUCAGUCAACGUGGGCCAGCUGAACGGCUCUAACUGCACCCGUCUCCUCACAAACAUGGCUGGAGAGCCCUACGCUAUUGCUGUGCACCCUAAAAGAGGGAUGAUGUACUGGACAGUCAUUGGGGAUCACUCCCACAUUGAAGAGGCUGCCAUGGAUGGUACUCUGAGAAGAAUUUUAGUACAAAAGAACUUACAGAGACCCACGGGCCUGGCCGUGGAUCACCAUACUGAGCGAAUAUACUGGGCUGACGUUGAGCUGUCCGUUAUUGGAAGCGUUCUGUAUGACGGCUCCGAUUCAGUAGUCUCUGUCAGCAGCAAACAAGGUUUGUUACACCCACAUAGGAUUGAUAUCUUUGAAGAUUAUAUAUAUGGAGCAGGACCAAAAAAUGGCGUAUUUCGAGUACAAAAAUUUGGACAUGGUUCAGUAGAGUACUUAGCUUUACAUGUUGAUAAAACAAAAGGCGUUUUAAUAUCUCAUCGUUAUAAACAAUUAGACUUACCAAACCCUUGCUUGGAGCUAGCCUGUGAAUUUCUCUGCUUGCUUAACCCUUCUGGGGCCACUUGCGUGUGCCCAGAGGGAAAGUACUUGACUAACGGAAGCUGUAGUGAUGAGACCCUUUUAGAUGAUGCCUGCGAGUUGACUUGCGAAAAUGGAGGACGCUGCAUUUUCAAUGAGAAGGGUGACGUGAGGUGUCUCUGCUGGCCUAGUUACUCAGGAGAACGAUGCGAAGUCAGCCACUGCAGCAACUACUGUCAAAACGGAGGGACUUGUUCACCUUCAGCUCUAGGGAGACCCACCUGCAGCUGUGCACUGGGGUUUACUGGGCCGAGCUGCGGUAAGACUGUCUGUGAGGACUUCUGUCAGAAUGGAGGGACCUGCAUCGUGACUGCUGGGAACCAGCCUUUCUGCCACUGCCAGGCUGAAUAUACGGGGGACAGAUGUCAGUACUAUGUUUGCCAUCAUUAUUGUGUGAACUCUGAGUCAUGCACCAUUGGCAAUGACGGAAGUGUGGAAUGCGUCUGUCCAACACGCUAUGAAGGGCCGAAAUGUGAGGUGGACAAGUGUGUCAGGUGCCAUGGGGGGCACUGCAUUAUAAAUAAAGACAUUGAAGAUAUAAUUUGCAACUGCACUAAUGGGAAAAUUGCCUCUAGUUGUCAGUUAUGUGAUGGCUACUGUUACAACGGGGGCACAUGCCAGCUGGACCCCGAGACAAGUGUGCCUGUGUGUCUAUGCUCUGCCAACUGGUCAGGCACACAGUGUGAGAGGCCAGCUCCAAAGAGCAGCAAGUCUGGCCACGUCAGCACAAGAAGCAUUGCCAUCAUUGUGCCUCUUGUCCUCUUGGUGACUUUGAUAACUACCUUAGUAAUUGGUUUAGUGCUGUGCAAGAGAAAAAGAAGGACAAAAACCAUCAGAAGACAGCCUAUUAUCAACGGAGGAAUAAAUGUAGAAAUUGGCAACCCAUCCUAUAACAUGUAUGAGGUGGAUCAUGACCACAACGAUGGGACUCUUUUGGAUACAGGCUUCAUAGUCGACCCAACAAAGGCCAGGUAUAUAGGGGGCGGGCCCAGUGCUUUCAAGCUUUCACACACAGCGCCACCCAUCUACCUAAACUCUGAUUUGAAAGGACCACUAACCGCUGGGCCGACAAAUUACUCCAACCCAGUGUAUGCAAAGUUGUACAUGGACGGACAAAACUGUCGAAACUCCUUAGGAAGUGUUGACGAACGCAAGGAACUGCUUCCAAAGAAAAUAGAAAUUGGUAUAAGAGAGACAGUGGCAUAA